AUGGGAGUGUUCUUCAAUGUCAUUAGACCAAUUGUUAGUCUUAUUCCAACAAUUAAUGAACCAACUAAAAAGAUUGGAUUUAAAGAAAAAAUGAUGUGGACAGGAAUUACAUUAUUGGUAUUCCUUGUUUGCAGUCAAAUUCCAUUAAUUGGAACAGAUAUUGUUGGUAAUGAUCCAUUUUAUUGGAUGCGUUUAGUUAUGGCAUCAAAUAGAGGAACACUAAUGGAGCUUGGAAUUUCACCAAUUGUUACAGCAUCAAUGGUAAUGCAACUUCUUCAAGGAGCUAAAAUUAUUUCAGUUGAUAUGGAUAAUCAAGAAGAAAGUGAAUUGUUUGAAGCAUCACAAAAAUUAUUUGGACUUCUUAUGACUCUUGGACAAGGAAUUGCUUAUAUUAUGUCAGGAAUGUAUGGAGAUCCAUCAGAACUUGGAUUUUUCAAUUGUUGUUUAAUUCUUCUUCAAUUAUUUGUUGCAGGAUUAAUAGUUCUUCUUCUUGAUGAAUUACUUUCAAACGGAUAUGGAUUUGGAUCAGCUAUUUCAUUAUUCAUUGCUACUAAUAUUUGUGAAUCAAUUGUAUGGUCUGCAUUCUCACCACUUACUACUAAUGCAGGAACAGGAUCACAAUUUGAAGGAUCAAUUAUUAAUUUCUUCCAUUUAUUAAUCACUAGACCAGAUAAAUUAGGAGCACUUUAUGACGCAUUCUUUAGAACUGAAGCAGGAAAUUUAAGCAAUUUAAUUGCUACAAUAGUAGUUUUCUUAACUGUUAUGUAUUUCCAAGGAUUUAAAGUAGAUAUUCCAUUAUCAAGCAAACAAGGACGUGUUGAGUCUCAAAAUUAUUCAAUUAGAUUAUUCUAUA